CAACCUUCUCUGUUGACCGUCAGAGAUCACGUGAUAACCACAAAAGCGUCACAUACAUUAGCCAAAUUAAUCGAAGGCCAAUAGCACUUAGCUAACUGUCCCAUCCAAAACCGUGGGGCGUGUAAACACCAACACAUAGAACAGACCGCUAUGGCAGAACCAGAUGUACAAUUUAAGCUAGUGUUGUGUGGAGAUGGAGGCACAGGAAAAACCACCUUCGUGAAGAGGCAUUUAACAGGAGAGUUUGAGAAGAAAUACGUUGCGACUCUGGGAGUAGAGGUGCACCCCUUGGUCUUCCACACCACUCGAGGGACCAUCAAGUACAACGUCUGGGACACAGCCGGCCAGGAGAAGUUUGGGGGGCUCAGAGAUGGCUACUACAUACAGGCCCAGUGUGCGAUCAUCAUGUUCGACGUGACAUCUCGCGUCACCUACAAGAACGUGCCCAACUGGCACCGUGACCUGGUGCGCGUCUGCGAGAACAUACCCAUAGUCCUGUGCGGCAACAAGGUGGACAUCAAGGACAGGAAGGUCAAAGCCAAGAGCAUCGUGUUCCACCGCAAGAAGAACCUUCAGUACUACGACAUCUCAGCCAAGAGUAACUACAACUUUGAGAAGCCCUUCCUGUGGCUGGCCAGGAAGCUGGUAGGAGACCCCAACUUGGAGUUUGUGGAGAUGCCUGCCCUCGCUCCCCCGGAGGUCGUCAUGGACGCCUCCCUGGCCGCGCAGUACGAGAACGACCUUAAAGUUGCCGCAGAAACAGCGCUCCCAGAUGAAGACGAUGACCUUUAACCUGCGACCUCUCUCUGGCCUCUUCGGUGUUCUGGGGGUGUGGCCUAUUGCUGACCUUAACCCUUGACCUUUAAUUGUAAAAGCCCCCCCAAUGUUUUGUUUUUGUGUUUCAAACUGAAAAUGUGUGUCUGGUAGCGUGAAGAUUUCAGUAGAGACAAACAGGAGUAGAAUUUCACACUGCUCACAGUAGGCGUUACACACACACAUACAAAUGAAAGACCUUGUUUACUCGCUGUACGAUACUGACUAUGGGUGAUAUGAAAUCACACUAAAUAAAAAGUAUUUGAAUAUAAA